AUUGGCGGGGCGUGCACGCGCGCCGGGAAUGCCCGGCUCGUGCCCGCCGCCGCGCCGGUGCCCCUGACGUUCCCGCAUGAAAAUGAGGCUGUCAGCUCCUCAAAUUCUCAGUCCAAACGCGUCUUAUCAAAGAAACACCGAGGAUCGAAACAUAUCAUUAUGGGCACUGUUUGUUUUUCAUGGCACUUCUGUUUGUUUUUCGUCCUGUUAAAUACUUGCCGUUCCUUGGGAACUAGUGGGCUUGUAGAUCUCGAUGAGUGCGCUGUCGGGACCGAUGAUUGUCACAUCGAUGCCAUCUGCCAAAAUACACCCAAGUCCUACAAAUGCAUCUGCAAGCCUGGCUACAAAGGAGACGGAAAACAAUGUGAAGACGUCGAUGAAUGCGACAACGACUACAACGGUGGCUGCGUUCACGAAUGCAUCAACAUCCCCGGCAACUACAGGUGCACGUGUUACGAUGGCUUCAUGUUGGCGCACGACGGUCACAAUUGCAUGGACGUGAAUGAAUGUGAUGACAAUAACGGGGGCUGCCAACAAAUCUGUGUUAACACCAUGGGCAGCUAUGAGUGUCAGUGUAAAGAGGGAUUCUUCCUGAGUGAUAACCAACACACCUGCAUACACCGUUCAAAUGAGGGGAUGAACUGCAUGAACAAGGAUCACGGGUGCGCGCACAUCUGCCGAGAGACUCCCAAGGGGGGUGUGGCCUGUGAAUGCAGGCCUGGCUUUGAACUCGCCAAAAACCAGAGGGACUGCACAUUAACCUGUAACUACGGAAACGGGGGCUGCCAACAUACGUGCGAUGACAUGGACAGCGGACCUGUGUGCGGCUGCCACCAGAAGUACGCCCUUCACUCUGACGGGAAGACGUGCAUCGAGGAGGAUGAGGCUGCAAUUGAGAGCUCAGAGUUCAAUACCAUGUCAGUAACUGAUGUGGACAAGCGGGUGAAACGGCGACUACAUAUGGAAACGUGCGCCGUGAACAACGGAGGCUGCGACCGUACGUGCAAAGAUACCGCCACGGGGGUCCGGUGUAGCUGUCCGGUUGGAUUCACCCUGCAACCCGAUGGGAAAACGUGCAAAGAUAUUGAUGAGUGUUUAAUAAACAACGGGGGUUGUGACCAUUUCUGCAGAAACACAGUCGGCAGCUUUGAGUGCAGCUGUCGGAAAGGCCACAAGCUCCUGACAGAUGAACGAUCUUGCCAAGAUAUCGAUGAGUGUUCCUUCGAAAGAACCUGUGACCACAUAUGCAUCAACUACCCAGGAAGCUUCGAAUGCCUGUGUCAGAAAGGCUAUACUUUGUACGGACUAACCCAUUGUGGAGAUAUCGAUGAAUGCAGCAUCAAUAAUGGCAGCUGUGAUUUUGGUUGUCUGAACACCAUGGGAAGUUAUGAGUGUGUUUGCCCUCCUGGGAAGAAGCUGCAUUGGAACAAGAAAGAUUGUGCUGAGACGGUGAAAUGUUUCCGGAACGCAAAGGCGGCACGGAAAGUCCAGCUGAUCUGCAGUAAGAGCGGAGGAGUCGAGAGCUGCUCCCUGUCUUGCCCGUCGAAAGCACUCUUUGUGGCAGAUUCUGAAAACAGCUACUCUUUCAGCUGUGGAGUUCCGUUGCAGCCGACCAAAUCUGCACAGAGGCGAAAUGCAACUCUGCCCAGCUGUGCAGACCCUUUGGCACCUCCAAUAAAGCAAAAAGCUCGAUUCAAGAUCAAAGACGCCAAAUGCCAUCUUCGUCCACGAAUUAAGGAACGGAUUAAGGAUAGUUUGAAGCAAAGCAUAUCGGGAGGACAUUUCCCGUGCACGGACAACUGCCACGUGACUUUUGUCAACCUGAAGUGCGAUUCUUCCAAGAAGAGGCGGCGGGGACGCAAGUCACCGUCCAAGGAGGUGUCGCACAUCACAGCCGAAUUCGAGGUGGAGAUGAAGUCCGAGCAGGUGACAGACUCCUGCAACAUGGAAUGCGUGCGCAAGAGGAUGGAGCAAAAGCUGCAGACUGCAAUCAAAACACUAAGGAAGUCAAUCAACAAGCAGCAAUUUUACAUUCAGUUCUCCGGGACAGAAUACGAAGUGGCUCAGAAACCGGCGAAGAUGCACGAGAACCAAGCGGUGUGCAGCACGGGGCAGGUGCUGCAGGAUGGCAAAUGCAUCAGCUGUGAAGCCGGACGUUACUACAGUGGAGAGGUGAACCAGUGCCUGCCAUGUGCACCGGGCACCUACCAGGACAUGAAGGGGCAGCUGUCCUGCGAACCUUGUCCCAGCAACGACGGGCAAGGCAUGGCCGGAGCACACAACAUGUCAGAGUGCGGAGGCCAGUGCUCGGCGGGACAUUUCUCCUCGGACGGGUUUCGCCCGUGUCGCUCGUGCCCGACCGGCACCUUCCAGCCCGAGGCCGGACGCACCCAGUGCUUCUACUGCGGCGGCGGGUUGCUGACCAAGUACGAGGGCGCCGUCUCCUUCCAAGAUUGCGAAACGAGAGUUCAUUGCUCCCCUGGUCACUAUUACAACUCCACCACACACAGAUGCAUAAGAUGCCCAGUUGCAACUUAUCAGCCAGAGUUUGGCCAGAAUUACUGCAUUACCUGCCCUGGAAACACCACCACGGAUGUUGACGGCUCCACCAACGUUACCCAGUGUAAAAACCAGCAGUGCGGCGGAGAUCUCGGAGAUUACAUGGGCUUCAUUGAGUCACCAAACUAUCCUGGAGAUUAUCCCUCGAACGUGGAGUGCGUUUGGAACAUAAACCCUCCACCAAAGAGAAGGAUCCUGAUUGUGGUGCCAGAGAUAUUCUUACCGAUGGAAGACGAGUGCGGAGACGUGUUGGUGAUGAGAAAGAGUUCCUCACCAACAUCCGUCACCACCUAUGAAACGUGCCAGACCUACGAACGGCCGAUUGCAUUCACCUCAAGGUCUCGGAAACUAUGGAUUCAGUUCAAAGCCAACGAAGGGAACAGUGCCAAAGGAUUUCAAGUUCCAUACGUCACGUACGAUGAGGACUACCAGCAGCUAAUAGAAGACAUCGUCAGGGACGGACGGUUGUACGCUUCGGAGAAUCACCAAGAAAUCCUUAAAGACAAGAAGUUAAUCAAAGCGCUCUUUGAUGUGUUGGCUCACCCUCAAAACUACUUCAAAUACACGGCGCAAGAAUCAAAGGAAAUGUUCCCCAGAUCAUUUAUAAAGUUGCUGCGGUCCAAGGUUUCCAGGUUUUUGAGGCCUUACAAGUAGGUUUGCUGCUAAAGAUGUCUCACGUGUUGUUUCUAUUGCAAUCUGGAGAAAGAGAGGCAUCUCUUCCUGCACCACUGUUGGCCCACUUUCUCCUUACAGCUCAAGCCUCUGUUUAACGGUCCUCGGUUUUAAUUUUGAAUGUCGUUUCCUAUCUUCCUUCUACUAAACCGUGCACCUACUUUUGUUCGGUAUUCGUUUGGAAAGCAGAAAUAACUGCGCAUGUAUCUUUGGCUGUAAAUGUGUGCACUGCAGGUGGUUCACAUGUUCGAAGAACAUUUGAUUUUAACACACGGCGACUGUUGACAUGGUUUCAUUUUUAAUCUCCUCGACAGGAAGGGAAAAAAAAUAGAUCCAAUAGGACAAAAUCUUUUUCUGACAACAUGUUGGAAAGUAGCAAGGAAACAAAUUGGCAACUACCUGCGAAAAAAGUAUCAAAAUGAUACACAGCAGAAAUAAAAGAAAACGAUGUAACUAAUAUUUGGAACUUUAAUUGCACUUGAAUGUUGUAUUUGAAUCAGUUUAGAAACAAAACAUCUAAAUUGCAUUCUCCUUAGGUCAAAAAGUACUAUUUGGAUAAGCGAGUUCGGUAUUCCGAAAAACGCAAGGAAUCAUGGGAUUCGGCAAAGGUCACUUGCGAUAAACAUUCUCGCUAACUGUUGGCGCAUCUUCUCCGCGCUGGCUGUAGGCCUGGCUACUGCUCCGGGCCGGUGUCCCGUCAGUCCAGGGUCACCUCGGAUAUCUCCGGCCACCCCCGGACAGCGAUCGGACACUCGGGAGGGGAUGGGGACUGUCCAAUAGCAAUUCGACAGCGCUUGCAGCGCCGGAGACACGGGUUCGAUCCUGACUACGGAUGAAACGCAGGUCUGCAUACAUGCAGCAGCACAGUUGCCGAGAAUGUUUAUCGCGAGUGACCUAUGACCUGGGCAUGCGCAGUUGGAAUACCUAAUUCGCCUAUUGUAUAAACUCUUAACUAACCUUCCGAGAAGAGGCAGAAUUGGGCUGUCCUUCUCCAGUUCUUGAUGAGCAAAGGUCAUUUUAUUUUGUUGACCUUCAACAGAGGUACACAAAGCUUUAUUCUUUGGCCCCCAGGAAGGUUUUGUUUUACAAAAAAAAACGUUAAGGACAUUUUGCAAGCUUAACACAGAAUGUUACCAUUUAUUUUCUGUCAUUUUUAUUUGAGGGCUGAGGGGAGUUAGAGGAAAAAAUAUAAUUCCCAGUACGUCCAAUAUCAAGUGUUGCUUGCGGCAAAAUGUCGUGUUUUAAUGAUUGGUAACCCUUCCCUCGAUAAAGAAAAUCAGACUAGGCGAUUCUCAGCUCUUUGUGGUACAGCCAUAUUGGUUGUUUUAUCUGCAUAGGUGAUGUUAAUUGGGAAAAUCUGUUUUUUUUUAAUCUUUGAAAAUCCAUUGCAUUCUCUUUAUAUUUAUGCUACUGAUAUAGUUUGGCGUCAUGGUAGCUAAGCUAUCAUCUGAGUUUCUAACUGGAAUAGGCAGGUCUUCCUGUUGGUCUGAAAUGUCAUUAUCUGUACAGAACUGGAAGUGUUUUACAGAUUCCCGCGUUAUUUCUCCUAUUCUUAGGUUACUGGUCUGAUCGAUUCUUUACCUAAGCUUAAAAAAAAAUACCUGUAGAUGCUGCUUGAUAAGCUUUAUUACCAAUGUGUAAAUUAUGUACAAAUGUUGGCAUUUUUUUUUUCCAUAUGAAAUUAAGUUAAUAUUUACCAUGGUAGAUAGAGGGAAAAAAAAGUAAAAAUACAAUAUGUAUAAACUGCAAUAAGAUUUUGUUACUUUAUAUAAAUGGCAAUGGUCAUAGACUUACAGUAAAGGAUCCACGCAGUUUUAAUACUGCAAGUUUUAUCACUGUAAAGUGUUGUAAAUGUAACCUAUAACCCGACACAUUUUUCUAUGUUUAUCUUGUUUUCUCUCUGUAUUUAGUUUUAUUUUCCAUGUUAGAACUCUGAAGCAGGCACAUAAAGGAUUUUGUCUGUUUACUCAUUUUCAUAAUAAACUUCAAAGAUUACUUUAAAAAAAACCUAAAGAAA